AUGAGCAAGACGCAUCCGCCUGAAUUGAAGAAGUGAGUAUGUUUUUGUAUGAUUCCUCUUGUCUAUCUGAAUGUUCUUUAGUCCAGAAAAUGUCAGAUUUUGUGAUAAUGUGACAGCGAGGUAAAGACAAAUGUGCGUCGUUACCAGGUUCAGGUUGAUGACGGCGUCGAUUGUCUCUGAUCUUUCGUUGAAAAUGAUUGACAUAGCUUGUAGCCAAUUUUUCAUGACUAGAGCUAUAAUGCUUGCCUAAAAAAUCAAAAUCUUGCUUUUGUUCUUUUGGAAGCGACUGGAGUGUUUUCACUUGUUCAAGAUUUGCCACAAGCUGCGUGUGUGCUCUGACAUGUGUGAUUAGUGCAUUUUUCUGUGUUUGUAAUCUUAUCAUGACCAAAGAACCUUAUCUGCUUCUUUUCAGGUACAUGGACAAGAGAUUAUCUUGUAAGUGCAUCAUUACAAUGUAAUUUCUUGUUGUACAAUCGUUAAGAAUCAGGAUAAAUCAGAAAUCUCGAUGGUUUAAUCUCGAUAAGUAAUAAUGGUUCAGUGUUCAUUGCAAUAACAUUCUAUGCUACAGUAGGUAGAGGAAAGGCAAUAUUAUUGCAGCCAUUAACAGGAUAUGCGUAAGGUGUUGAUCUCGUGUCGUAUUGCGUUUUGUUGGUAUGGAUAAGAAUGGACUGAAGGAGGGCUUUGGAGAAAUUGCAUGGCGCCUUGGCGCCUUAACCCCUCAAUCCCUGCGAGUGGUUGGCUUCUAAUUUGUCCGUACAGUAUCACUGUUGAUUCAAACAUUAAAGUCAUGAGAAUAAGGGAAUGAUCACCCACCAGAGAAGCCCUUGAUUUUUGAACAAGUUCUCCAUAACAUUACCUUAGGAAAUAUAUAGAGAACAGUAGGGAGAAUAUGUAUACUGAUGGUAGGGUGUAAAUGUUUAACAAUCAAUCGCACUCGUGUACUCUUAAGCAGUGGCCACCCAAUGAAUAAUUUUGCAGAUGAAUGAAUAAAUGAUGAAUAAAAUCAGUGGAGAAGGACAUACAACAGGUGUUAUGGUAGCAAGUUUCAAAUCUUCCUUACCUAGAGAAUGAGAGUUUCUGUUGACUCACUAGGAGGUAGAACAGGUUUGGAUGCAUGGGGUUCAAACAAAAUUUUUAAUUUUUAGUGAAAAUCAAUGGUGGCAGACAUGUGACUGGAGUACUCAGAGGAUUUGAUCCUUUUAUGAACCUUGUGUUGGAUGAGGCAGUGGAAGAGGUAUCAGCACAGGAAAAACAUAACAUCGGAAUGGUGGUAAGUGAUGAGUAACUAAGGUUAGACCAGUAAUCAAUUUAUGAGUUACCAUAGUGAAGCAAUCUUUUCUUGUUGGUGGGAAAAUAAACGAGUGUAAAUUUAGCCAUUCAGUAUACAUAAACCAAAUAUGGCAUGCAGGGUUUUGCUAAAAGCUGGUUACUGGCAGUCUACCAUGGUCUAUAAAACCUCCUACCACUUGUUUUUAGCCUGCGAACAGGUUAACGUGUUUGGGUCUUCCCUUAAAGUCCCUUUUCUGGGGACAGCUGCUUAUUACACCAUCCACAGCCAUGUAUGGUAAAAGCUAGUAAAACCCCUGAUUAUGUGGCUCUGCACAAGUAUGAUAAAUUUGGUUUUAUCAACUGAGUUGAUCAUGUACGUGUAAAGUGGCUGUGUUAAAGAGUUUCUUUAAUUAACAUUUUCAGUUAAAGCCCUUCAUCAGAGCAAGAAAGGCCAUUAACAAUGUUUCAGUUAGUUCCCAAUACAUGGUGAUUAUGAUGGCCAAUUUACAUUAUCAACUCAGUUGAUAAAAUGAAAAUAUCUAGUUAUACUCCCUACUAAUGCAGCAUCACAGUGUCUUUAGAAACUUACCCCCUUUUUUAUAUUUUAUAUCACCAAGCAUAAUGCUGCCUCCAGGAUAUCUUUUAAUUACACUUAAAUGUUUUUAAAUGCUUUAUCCAUUCAGAGGUUACCAUUAAAUGUUUGUGUGUCCCUCUCCAGGUGAUCAGAGGAAACAGUAUUGUGAUAAUGGAAGCACUGGAUAGAAUAUCAUGA